CUCUCUUGCCCGAGUAGGAUUACAAGGUGUGCGCCUGUCUGGCCACGCCCCUUCUUGUCACUAGGCAACUCAUUGUUUACAGCGUUACCAGGGAGACCGGCAGCCGGGACCCGCAGAGCGGCCACCAGCACCGGAGAGCAGCAUGACUCACAAUUUCAGGUCAAUGAACUAAGGUCUGAUAAUGCCGGAUCAGGAUGAAAAAGGGAAAAAAACGGAAAGGGCAACUGAAAAGAAAAGUCAUGGAGCAUCAUCAAGGAAGUCCUUUGAUGUGAAGAGAUUCUGGUCUCUCUUAAAUGUCCCGGCAAGCAAGCAGCAGCUUCCAGCUUUAAAAACAACUGGUACACCAAAGUCUCAGCAGAAGUUUGGAAAGGCACACACAUCCAAAACCCAUUGGCAAGAGUCCACCGAGUCUGUAGAGCUUGAAAAAUUCAGUGUUUAUUUCAAAAAUGAAAGGAAUUUUAGCCAACAGUCUCAGCACAGCCUGUUUCUUGAUAUCUUUAUGGCACUAAUGAAGAACAGGCUGGGAUGCAGGGAAUGGAUUGACAGAGCUCCACCUGUUCAUUUGCUUCGAGUGUUGAUCUGUUUACGGCUAUUAAUUCGGGACCCAUUCUUUCAGGGGGUGCUUCACCAGAUCAAUGGCAUCAACACUCUUACACAGUACAUGCAGACAACAUGUAAUACAUACCUUUCAUCUGGUGAAGAUGAAUUUAAUAUUGACAAGUUGGUCAAUAUGACCUAUAUUUUUCAAAAACUUGCUGCCGCAAAAGAGCAAAGAGAAUGGAUAAUUCAAAGUGGAGCACACAAAACUCUGAUCAGACUUUUAGCUGCUAGAGACAGUAAUGUACUGCUGGGUGCUCUGCUUGCUCUUACCAGUUUGGCUGAAAGCCCAGAAUGCAGAUCUGCAAUAAGUGAACUCAGCUUGGUUGAAAGUCUUAUGAUUAUAUUACAUGAAUACGAUCUGCUUUCUAGAAGACUUUCAGCAGAGCUUUUACGACUUCUUUGUUCAGAGUCUGAGGUAAAAGAACAAGUCAAAGUUUAUGAUGGUGUUCCCACACUGCUUAGUUUGCUUCACUCCGAUCACCUAAAGCUUCUGUGGAGCGUGGUUUGGAUAUUGGUUCAGAUCUGUGAAGACCCUGAAAUAAGUGUGGAGAUCCGUACCUGGGGAGGAGUCAAACAGCUGCUCCAUCUUUUAAAGGGGGAACAGUAUCUUGUUUCUGAUCGCUCUUCCAUUGGGAGCUUGUCAAGUGCGAAUGCUGCAGGCCGAAUCCAGCAUCUUUAUUUAUCUGAAGAUCUGAGCCCAAGGGAAAUACAAGAAAAUACUCUUUCACUCCAAGCAGCCUGCUGUGCAGCUCUUACUGAACUUGUGCUCAAUGACACCAAUGCUCACCAAGUGGUUCAGGAAAAUGGUGUUUACAUUAUUGGUAUGCUGAUUUUACCAAGCAGACAAAAUGAUUGUAUUAGAAGCAAGUCUAUUUUGUUACAGUGUUAUGCAUUCCGAGCCUUGAGAUUUCUCUUUAGCAUGGAAAGAAACCGAGAUCUGUUCAAAAGGUUUUUUCCACCAGAUUUGUUUGAGAUGUUUAUUGACAUUGGUCAUUAUGUUCGAGACAUCAGUGCCUAUGAAGACCUUGUGUCUAAAUUGAAUUCACUACCAGAAGAUGAACUGAAGCAAGUGGCUGAUGGCAUUGAAGGUAUCAAUCAGAACAAAACUCCCACAAAAUUUAUUGGAAACUAUGCAAUUCUAGAUCACCUUGGAAGUGGAGCAUUUGGGAGUGUAUAUAAGGUCAGAAAACGCAGUGGUCAGAAUCUCUUAGCUAUGAAAGAGAUUAAUCUACACAACCCGGCAUUUGGUAAAGACAAAAGGGAUCGUGAUAGCAGCGCUGAGAACAUAGUAUCUGAACUAACAAUAAUCAGAGAACAGCUUUGCCACCCAAACAUUGUGCGAUACUAUCGAACCUUUCUAGAAAAUGAUAAGGUGUACAUUGUUAUGGAGCUUAUUGAAGGGGCAUCUCUUGGUGAACAUUUCAAGUCACUUAAGGAGAAAAAGCAGCAGUUUACAGAAGAACGACUCUGGCACAUAUUUUUACAGUUAUGUUUAGCACUGCGAUAUUUACACAAAGAAAAAUGGAUUGUACAUAGAGACUUAUCACCAAACAACAUCAUGCUGGGGGAAAGAGAUAAAGUAACUGUCACUGAUUUUGGCCUUGCUAAGCAGAAGCAAGAAAAUAGCAAACUAACAUCAAUUGUUGGAACCAUUCUCUACUCCUGUCCAGAAGUUGUUAAGAGUGAACCUUAUGGUGAAAAGGCUGACGUAUGGGCAGCAGGAUGCAUCCUCUAUCAAAUGGCAACACUAACCCCACCCUUCCACAGUACCAAUAUGCUGUCUUUAGCUACCAAAAUUGUAGAAGCUGUGUAUGUUCCUGUACCUGAGGGAAUGUAUUCUGAAAAAGUCUCAAAUACCAUUAAAAGGUGUUUGACAUCAGAUGCUGAUCUUCGUCCAGACAUUGUAGAAGUUUGUGCUUUGAUAUCAGAUAUCACGAUGAGGUAUAUGGACAACUUAUCAUCAAGCCAGAUUGCCUCAGAGAAAAAACUGGAAAGAGAAAGAAAGCGUGCACAAAAAUAUUUCAUUGAAGCUAACAAAAAUACAGGGACGUAUCGUCACCGCCACCCUUCACUACCUUAUUUUCAGGAUCACUAUGAAAAAUCUAGCAUAAGCAGUAGCAGCAGCAGCAGUGGAAUAGCAAGUUGCAAGAGUGACUUUUCCGAGAGCGCCAUCAUCCCCCUGGGUCUUCUACAGCCACACGAUAAGGAAUCAGAUGUGUUCUUACCAAAUCAAAGCUAUUCCAUGGACAAUGCUGCUAAAGAUGUAUUUUCUGAACUUGAAGAUGAGACAGAUAUGUCUUAUAAUUCAAGUUGUUCUAGCUACAUUAAAGGACGCACCCAAGGUACACUUAAGCGAAGUGCUAGUGCUCCUAGAGGAGACAUAUCUCAAGCAAGGGAAACUACAGCAAAUGCAGGCUCUAAAUCAAGACCAGCUUUGCUACCUUUUGAUCUUCUUCUGAAAGUUCCUUCACUGGUGUUCAGGUCUCAAACUAGGAAACUAGCGACUUCUUUAGGGACAGGAUGGCCUGCACACAGCUUUCCUCCUGUGGUGUUCCACAGUCUGAAAAAUCCUGCUUCUGCAGGCAUUGCAGUAUCACAGAGGAAAGUGCGACAGAUCAGUGAUCCUAUUCAACAAAUUUUAAUCCAGCUGCACAAAAUAAUUUACAUAACACAGCUCCCUCCAGCACUACAUGAUAACCUAAAAAGAAGAGUUGUUGAACGGUACAAGAAAUCACUUUUCAGUCUCCAGAGCAAUCCUUGUAACCUGAAAGCAGAGAUGCAAAAGGUCUUACAGGGAUCUCCAGAGCUUAUAGAGAUUUUUACCGAUGACUGCCAUGGACUUAUGCAAUUGUAUGGGAAAUCGUCACUCACUGAUGACAAGACAGGAACUGCUAGUACCUUUGAAUUUGACGGUGGAAUAACCUAUGAACAGCUGCAGAACAUGAUUGAAGAAAUGUUAGAAGACAGUGGCUACUAUAGUUUAAAUUCAAACAGAUAAUGCUCAUUCCCAGUGGGGAACAAGAACAUUUGAACAAUAAAAUGAUGCCCUCCACUUUCAAAAAGAGCCUUGUGACUGCAUUUCCCCUCCAAACGAUACAAUUGGUAUACUAAAGCUGCUUAACCUAGAAGAAGAUAAUGUGGGCCGAUAUCAAGGCCACAGAAAAAUCUUAUGAAGACUUGUAUGUGACUGUAUUAUUGGACGAGCUGUGCUUGUUUCAAGAUGCUUUGCCUAAAAAUGCUAUAUAAAUCAAAUACUUUAUCUUUUAUAUAAAGUCUCUCUAUGUCUCAGUUUCUCUCUGGUAGAACAGUGUAUAUAAGUGCUUUCAACUUCAAAUGUAUGAUACCCAAACAGAUGUAAUGCACAGAGUAAUAGCACAAAUAAAGCUGCAUUAUUUUGACUGGAA